CCAAGCCAAAUAUGCACAAAUUUAAAACUUGAGUAAAUAGCUUCAGGAAUAAAUCCAAAAAUCUUAUCCCAGAAGUUACUGAAGAAGAGCUAAGCCAAGAAGCUCCUCGGGUUAUCACACCUAAGAAGGUUAGCAAGUUCCAGCGGUCUGAAGAGAAAUAUCUUAAGCAAAUCCCAGUUGCAUACGAGGUGGACCAACAAAUCUUGGCAAGAUCUGAAGAGAAGCGAAUACGACUUCCUAGACAAGCUACACAUACAGUUAAGAACAGGAGGAUACUGAAGACUUACUUGAAAUCUAACCUGAGACUAAGAACAUUCAUCCCUCUCAAGUCUCACCAGAUAACCGCUAGCAAUGUUGUUCACAAUAUUAGAGAUGAAGAGUCCUACCUUCCCCAAAGGAACGAUACCUUUCACACACGAGAGAGCACGAGUAGCAGGAUCUCAGGGGCAUACAUAUGAUCGGAGCACAAGAUUAGAGCCAGUAGCAACUGAAAUAAUCAUCACAAAACAAGCUGCUUAGCCCGGUCGAUCCCUCGUAAUGGUCAUAUAGCUCACCUUGGACAUAACAGCAGGAUGUCACUGAGCAAGCCCCUGUUCUACAAGAGAAACAGAGGAUAGUAUCAUCACUAAUGAGUACAUAAAAAUGGUCCCUUGAGUCACUACUAAUUAGAAAUCCCUUAUGCAGUCCAUGCACGGGAAUUCUUUCAAAAAUACAACCGAAUCGGUACCAAGAGGGAUUUAGACACACCCAAUAUUUUUGUACGAAGUGCCGAGCAGAAAAUGCUUAAUGAUCCAACAAGUCUGAUCCGAUGCUAGAAAAUUCUGAAUCUGCUUAACUGAAACAAGUCUGGUCUUAGAUUUACAGUCUUAAAAUCUUAAAGCUACAAUGACUACAACAACCAAACAAGUUUGUGAAUGGUUUUUAUCCCAAAUUCACCAAAUUAGAA